AGAGGGAGAGAGAGAGACAGAGAGGAGAGAGAGAGAGAGACAGAGAAAGACAGAGAGACGCUCACACUGAUAGAGACACACGCUGUGAAAGAGGCAGAAGCAACAGCUACAGCAACAGAGCCAACAUGCUCCCUCUCUCAUACACACACAAACACACACAUAGAGAACCAGACCCAUGCCAGGGGAGACGGUGAGCACACACCCACACUGAAGAGCACCUUCUCUGGGGAGUAGAUCUCACAGACCCCCCUCCACCUGGUUCUCUGGGACUUAUUUUUGAAUAACAAGGAGCUGAGAAAAAGGUGUUUGUCUGUUUGUUUGCAAAAUACACAAACCGGGAAGAGAGACAGAAGGAGAGAGCAAAGAAAAGAGGGAUGAGUGGCGUGUUUGGCACAGCUGCUGAUGCCAGGGGCUGAGGGAGAGAGGGAGGCUGACGAAGAGAGAGAGGAGGGAUCUGAAGACCUGAGGAUUGGAGGAGAGGAAGACUGGCACAUGAAGAGCUGAUCAAACUUAUGGACAGAGAGGAGAUAGGGACACAGUACCGGGAAACACACACACACACACACACACACACACACACACACAUACACACACACAACAAUGACAAGGGAACAAAGUCCACGCUUCAGUCCUGGGUGGAGUCUUUACAUCUGGCUGGUGUGACAUUCACAACACUGUGUGUGUAGUACACUGACCCUGCCUGUGAUAGGCUAGGAGUCAGAUCAUGACCAGCAGGGCCAUGAUUGGCUCCCCGGGCCCCAGUGUGUGGUCCCUGAUGCCAUGGCAGUGGGUGAGUCUCUGGGGGCCGGCCCUGCUGCUGGUUACCAUUAUAUCCCUGCUGCCAGGUAGUUGCCAGGCGUGCCCCCCGCGGUGCGAGUGCUCGGCCCAGAUCCGGUCAGUCUCGUGCCAACGGCGGCGCCUCACCGGCAUCCCAGAGGGCAUCCCUACAGAAACCCGCCUCCUAGACCUCAGCCGGAACCGGCUCCGCUGGGUGGAAAUGGGCGACCUGGCACCGUACCCGCACCUUGAAGAAGUGGACUUGAGUGAGAAUCUCAUUGCCACGCUGGAGCCCAAUGCGUUCUCCAAUCUGCAGAGCCUGCGGGUUUUACAGUUGAGGGGGAACCAGCUGAAGCUGGUACCCAUGGGGGCCUUCGCCAAGCUGGGAAACCUGACCACGCUGGAUCUGAGUGAGAACAAGAUGGUGAUCCUGUUGGACUACACCUUCCAGGACCUGAGGAGUCUGAGACACCUGGAGGUGGGAGACAACGACCUGGUCUACAUUUCUCAUAAGGCCUUUUCUGGUCUUCUGGGGCUGGAGGACCUGACCAUCGAGCACUGCAACCUGACGUCCAUCUCUGGCCAGACACUGUCCUACCUACGCAGCCUGGUCACUCUGCGAUUAAGGCACCUCAGCAUUGCCGCCCUAGAAGACCACAACUUCCGCAAGCUUAACAACCUGCGGGGGCUGGAGAUCGAUAACUGGCCCUAUCUGGAGUACAUCUCCCCGCUCAGCUUCCAAGGUCUGGACCUGUCCUGGUUGUCCAUCACUAACAGCAACAUCACCUCCGUCCCCUCGUCCUCCUUCAGGAACCUGAUCCACCUCACUCACCUCAACCUGUCUUUCAACCCCAUCACCACCCUGGAGCCCUGGGCUUUCAGGGAGCUGCUGAGGCUCAAGGAGCUGAUCAUGGUGAACACGGGCCUAGCUACGGUGGAGCCCCACUCCCUGGGCGGCCUCAGACAGAUCCGGGUCCUCAACUUCUCCUCCAACGAACUCCAGACCCUGGAGGAGGGAUCGUUCCACUCUGUAAACAGCCUGGAGACGCUGCGGGUGGACGGGAACCCGCUGCUGUGUGACUGCCGUCUGUUGUGGAUCCUGCAGAGACGCAAGACCCUCAACUUUGACGGCAGGGUGCCCGUGUGCGCUGGGCCGGAGGAGGUGCAGGGGUAUAGCCUUAGCACCUUCACCGACUCAGCGCUCUUCGAUCACUUCACAUGCCAGAAGCCCAAGAUACGGAACCGCAAGCUUCAACAGGUGACGGCUCGUGAGGGCCAGCCAGUGAGUUUCCUCUGCAGUGCCGUGGGAGAGCCCGCCCCCAACAUCAUGUGGAUCUCCCCUCAGCGCCGAAUAAUCACAGCCAAGAGCAAUGGCCGCAUCACUGUCCUCCCAGGAGGGACGCUAGAGAUCCGCUAUGCCCAGGUCACCGACAGUGGCACCUACAUGUGCAUCGCCAGCAACGCCGGCGGCAACGACACCUACUUUGCCAUGCUCACCGUCCGGGGCGCGCCGCUGGAUGCCGCGUCGGCUUUCUUCGCCAACCGCUCGCUGUACGGUGGCGAGUUCUUCAACGACACAAACCUGAACAGCACGCGCGUCUUCCUCAAGUUCACCCUGGACCUGACCACCAUCCUUGUCUCCACGGCUAUGGGCUGCAUCACCUUCCUAGGCGUGGUGCUCUUCUGUUUCCUGUUGUUGUUCGCAUGGAGCAGGGGGCGGGGCCAGCGCAAGAAUAACUUCACAGUGGAGACCCCUUUCCGGAAGGCUGAGGGGCCUGCGGCCACGGGUAGUGCCGGAGGAGCCCGGAAAUUCAACAUGAAGAUGAUAUGAAACAACGCAGCCAAGGGCCAGACGGGGGAGGCAUAAGCAUGUCCCGGAAACGUGUUUGACAAAACAAACAGCCCUGACUCGCAAAGAUUAAAUCCAGACAGUAUUCACACAUGGCAUGGCCAGAUUCAAUUGGAUGAUGACCUUGAUCUCACCAGCUCUUACUUGUUUCAGCUUGUGGUACAAAUAUGUAUUUCAAAUAAUUAUAAGAUCUUUCCAAUGAAUAAAUAUAACAUUGUCAUUGAGCUUGAUAAGAAUUAUAGAAGUUAGUGUGAUCUUUUACUGGGUGAUUACUGUGUUGUGAAAUGCUUGUAGUUAUGUCUCUCUCACAGGAAGUGACAUCACAGGAAGGGAAAAGGUCUUCCUGGAAGCUGUGUACUUGUAGUGGUCAUUGCACAGAGGGCAUGGAGAGACACGGUCAUCAACUUAUCACAGUAUUUGUAGUCUUGCUUUCUUAGAUUCUGCCUUUUUGAGAAAUAUUGCAAUAGCAUGUACAUAUUGCAAUUUUAAGUCAGUUGUAUAGUAAUAAGAUUAUAGUAUUGAAUAAAAACAAGCCAUUUUUGUAAGACAUUUGGAA